UAUUGAUGCAUUGAAUUGAUUGGCAACAAAUCGUCAGAUAUUUCACAACACAAAUGGAUAACUAUUUGGAAAAUUGCAGAAAACAUUUGGUAACGUUGAGUGAAUGGUCGGAACCGAUAGAGUUAGUGGUUGGCAAUGAAAGCUGUGAUCUGGACUCAGCCGUCAGUGCCGUCGGUCUGGCAUUCAUUAAACACACGGAAUAUAAUAAAGUGGAGUCCAAUAACCGAUUAGUUAUUCCCGUUUUGAACACAACUCGAAAUGAAUUACAACUGAAAACGGAAGUGAUUUUUUGGUUUGAAAACUCAGUCCAUUUGAGUCGCGAUGAU